UGCCUAUAAAUAGAGAACCUUUCACAACAAACCUAAGCAGUGCAUAUACAAGAUCAAGAGUAAAGUUUCUCUGUUAGCUUCUUUCUGCAUUAGCACCUUUGAGUUCUUUUCUUCUUGGAACUUUCAUAACAUGGAGAAGAAAAUGAGUUGGACAAUUGGAGAUGCUGUGGACUAUAAAGGAUUCCCUGCUGACAGGUCUAAAACUGGCGGUUGGGUGACAGCAGCUCUUAUUUUAGGGAUUGAAAUUGUUGAGAGGCUAUCCACAAUGGGAAUUGCAGUGAACUUGGUUACAUAUCUGAUGGGAGUUAUGCAUCUGCCAAGCUCAACUGCAGCUAAUACUGUGACUGAUUUCAUGGGCACAUCAUUUCUCCUUUGUUUGCUUGGAGGUUUUCUAGCAGAUUCCUUCCUUGGAAGAUUUAGGACAAUAGUAAUCUUUGCUGCAAUACAAACACUGGGUACUGCGACAUUAGCAAUCUCAACAAAAUUGCCACAGCUAAGGCCACCACCUUGUCCUGCCAGCAAUGAAAGUUGCAAGCCAGCCAAUGGAAUCCAAAUGGGAAUCUUAUACUUGGCUCUAUACCUUAUUGCACUAGGAACCGGCGGUCUUAAGUCUAGUGUUUCAGGAUUUGGUUCGGAUCAAUUUGAUGAGAAAGAUGAGAAGGAGAAUUCCCAAAGGAAUUAUUUCUUCAACAGGUUUUUCUUCUUCAUCAGUUUGGGAACUCUUGCAGCAGUCACAAUACUUGUUUACAUACAAGAUGAAGUUAGUAGAAGUUGGGCUUAUGGAAUAUGUUCUGUUUCUAUGAUCAUAGCCAUUUUGGUAUUCUUAUCAGGAACAAAAAGAUAUAGAUACAAGAAGAGUUUGGGAAGCCCUAUUGUCCACAUUUUCCAAGUUAUUGUUGCAGCACUAAAGAAGAGGAAGAUGGAACUUCCCUGCAAUGUUGGCUCUUUGUAUGAGGACACUCCUGAGGUUUCAAGAAUAGAGCACACUGAUCAGUUCCGGUUUUUGGAGAAAGCAGCAAUUGUGGUAGAAGGUGAUUUUGAUAAGGACUUAUAUGGUUCUGGUCCAAAUCCAUGGAAGCUAUGCUCAUUGACAAGGGUGGAAGAGGUGAAAAUGAUGGUGAGGCUUCUACCAAUAUGGGCCACAACCAUUAUAUUUUGGACCACAUAUGCACAACUGAUCACAUUUUCAGUUGAACAAGCCUCCACCAUGGAAAGGAAUGUGAGGAGUUUUCAAAUCCCAGCAGGAUCUCUCACAGUCUUCUUUGUGGCAGCAAUACUAAUCACUCUUGCUGUCAAUGAUCGAAUCAUCAUGCCUCUUUGGAAGAAAAUGAAAGGCAAACCAGGUUUCACCAACCUACAAAGGAUUGCCAUUGGACUUCUGUUGUCAACUUUCGGAAUGGCGGCUGCUUCUCUAUGUGAGGUGAAAAGGUUGUCAGUGGCAAAAAGUGUUAAAGGCAACCAAGCAACAAUACCAAUAAGCGUUUUCCUUCUAAUCCCACAAUUCUUCUUGGUUGGUUCUGGUGAAGCAUUCAUAUACACAGGACAACUUGAUUUCUUCAUAACACAAUCACCAAAAGGAAUGAAAACCAUGAGCACAGGUCUCUUCCUCACAACUCUAUCUCUUGGUUUCUUCAUCAGCAGUUUCCUUGUGUCGGUUGUGAAGAAAGUAACUGGGACUAGAGAUGGACAAGGAUGGCUUGCUGACAAUAUAAACAAAGGAAGGCUUGACUUGUUCUUUGCACUUCUUACCAUACUUAGUUUCAUUAAUUUCGUAGCAUUUUUGGUAUGUGCAUUUUGGUACAAGCCUAAGAAAGCUAAGCCAUCAAUGCAAAUGGGAGCAAUCAAUAAUGGUUCCUCAGUUGAGGAGAAGUGUUAAAAGUAUCUUAGGAUUGAGAAUAUGGAUACUUGAGUUUGAUUUUGUACUCUUGGUGUGAUAGUGAAGAAAUAAUGUUUAGAUUGACUUCAAUGUGUAAAAUUGUAACAUAUUGUAUGGUCAUUUUCAAGCCCUUGCUACUUUUUUUUCUCAAUCAGGCUUGCUUUGUAAUGUUUCCUCUAUGUAUAUUAUUAAAGGAUAGUUUCAAUGUAUAAUCGGAA